GCGCGCAGAGCGGUGUUUACACCCGGAGCCGGCGGCGGCAGCUGCACUGUUUGACCAGAGGGCUUGUCCGGGCUGGUGCGUGGACUGCUCGGCUGCCUCCUUCGCUUGUCCCCGCCACCAUGUACCGGGCCCUGUAUGGCUUCCGCUCGGCCGAGCCCAGCUCUCUGGCCUUUGCCGCUGGCGAAACCUUCCUGCUGCUGGAGCGCAGUAACCAGCACUGGUGGCUGGUGACCCGUGCGGGCUCCGGGGAGACGGGCUACGUGCCGGCCUCGUACCUGCAGCGCCUACAGGUGCUGGAACAAGAUGUGGUUCUGCAGUCUAUUGACAGAGCUAUUGAGGCUAUUCAUAAUGCAGCAAUGAAGAAUGGGGGAAAAUACAACUUGGAGCAGAGGGAUGUCCUCCAGAAGCUGAUCCAUCAUCGGAAGGAAAUUGUUUCCCGUAAAACUCAUGCACCAUCCACUCAAGGGAUGACACCAUCCUCCAGUGAUCAUCAUCUAGAUCUGGCGAGACAACCCAACGGUUUCUGUCGGACGGGAUAUGAGCGACACCACAGUUUGCCGAACACAGAGACCCAAGAGGAAGAAGGUGGCCUUUACCAGAUCCCACCACAGUCACGCCGUUCAGCUCCUGUUACUCCCCCACCACCAGAGAAACGCAAGAAUAUCCAGACAGCUGCCUCUAUUAAAAAUGCAGUUGAAAUCACCUCUGGGUCAGUUUCCAGUGCCUCUUCUGUAAGCACAACUUCACUGGAUACCUUGUACACAGGCUCUACAGAGUCAGCGUUCCCAACUGCUACUCCCAGCCCCAGCAACACCCCUCCCCCUGUUCCCAGCAGAAGUGCACACACGAUGAUAUCACACAGCUUGGAUAUUAGUCCUGUCACUCAAAGAAAGCAAGAGAGUGCAAACAAAUCCCCCCAGACCAAAAGGGCUGCCCCUCAGCCUCCCGUGCAAACAGAGGCUCUUAAUGAAAAUGAAGAGAAGAGCAUGAAGGCCAAGGGGACCAUGCCAGCUGCUUCUGCAGAGUUAGAAGCCUUCAACUCCCUUUGCCUUGAAGAUAAGAAGACAGCUGGUUUGGAGGCUGUGGCCUUGGAAUCAUCUGGCCUGGCAGUAUCUGUGCCGAAGACAAUAGGUGCUGAAUUGAUUGAGCUUGUCCGCAGAAACACAAAUCUCAGCUACGAGCUCUCCCGAGUUGCCAUAGGUAUAAUAAUUGGCCACAUUCAGACUACAGUUCCUGCCAGUAGUAGCAUCAUGGAACAGAUUCUCAUCUCACUGGUGGAAAACAAGGAUCUGUGUUCUGGGCUGCCAUCUGGACAGAUCUGCCAUGAUGAGCAGAGGCUCAAGGUGAUAUUUGCAGAUCUGGCUCGCCAUAAAGAUGAUGCUCAGCAACGUAGUUGGGCCCUCUAUGAGGAUGAAAAUGUCAUUUGCUGUUAUUUGGAGGAAUUGCUUCGCAUUCUGACAGAUGCAGAUCCUGAAGUCUGCAAGAAGAUGUGUAAGAAGAAUGAAUUUGAAUCUGUUUUGUCCCUUGUAACAUAUUAUCAGAUGGAGCACAGGGUCCCAUUACGACUUCUGCUGCUUAAGUGCUUUGGAGCAAUGUGCAGUUUGGAUGCUGCUAUCAUAUCUGCCCUGGUGAAUUCUGUCUUGCCAAUGGAGCUGGCCCGGGACAUGCAGACUCACACACAAGAUCAUCAGAAGAUGUGCUACUCUGCAUUGGUGCUGGCUAUGAUAUUCUCUAUGGGAGAGCCCCUGCCAUAUCAUCAUUAUGAGCACCUGAAUUCUCAGUUUGUCCAGUUCCUGUUGGAUGUUGUUGAAGAUGGUUUGCCAUCAGAUACCACAGAACAGCUGCCUGACUUGUUCGUUAAUGUUCUUCUGGCUUUUAAUCUUCACAUUCCAGUUCCUGAACAUAAUGUGAUCAUGGUUACUUUGAGCAAGCACCCCAAUGUUAAAGUCUUCACAGAAAAGCUGCUGCUGCUUCUGAACCGGGGAGAUGAUCCCGUGAGCAUCUUCAAGCACCAGCCUCAGCCUCCACACUCAGUCCUGAAAUUCCUCCAGGACAUUUUUGCUAGCAAGGAUACUGCAAAUAUCUUCUAUCACACAGACAUGAUGGUAAUGAUAGACAUAAUUGUGCGACAGAUUGCGGAUCUCUCCCCUGGAGAAAAGUUAAGAAUGGAGUACUUGUCUCUGAUGCAUGCUAUCAUCCGGUCCACGCCAUACCUGCAACACAGGCACCGGUUCACUGACCUGCAAGGAGUCCUGCAACGCAUAAUGACAGAAGAAGAAGAGAGUCCACAGUGCCAGAUGGACAAAAUGAUCAUCCAAGAGAUCUAUAAAGAGUUCCCAGAAAUAUCCCCUGGGGGCAGCUAAUUACCACAGGGGAAAGAACUGUUUCGAGUAAAAAUGCCUCUUGUGGAUGUUAUCUUUCCCAUCCUUUCCCAGUACUGCUCCUAACUUGUUAUCCCUUCAGUUGAGGCCUAAGUUUUAGGUGGGAGUGCUCAGAGGCCUUACAGAAGAAAUUUUGCAGCACUUAGAUUCAGAAGAAUGCCGAAGGUGAUCUUCUGGAGAAGAAAAUUCUGUUGCAGAGAAAGGGGAGGGUGGGCAGUCAGGUGCAGAUUGCCCACUUUGACAAGAACAGGACAGUGUUUCUUCUGGCUCGGUUGUACUGAAAGGAGGACUCAGAGCUUGUGAUGGGUGUCAGUGAGCUGUAUCUAGGGAUUCCAAAGCAAGGGGCCUCUGCCAUAAAUGUCCAUUUCUGUGUGCAUUUCUUGCCUCUCAGCUGCCAAAUGGAGUAGGCCAGUGUUUGGAAGAAGCUUUUGUAACAUCUCUAGGCUGCUGCAUCUAGUACAAAAAUGCUAUUGCUCUAGCAGGGGAGUGGCUCGCUACUCUUAACCCCCUGUGUUCCCAGUGAGCCUUUUAGACCUCUUUAACCCACAGCUUGACAUAUCUGGGUUACAGUCAACCCACUUUACUAAGGCAUAGUCUAAACACCUGCUUUUCUGUAGUGGCAUUUUUAAAUUUCAGUUCCUUGCACUCUGUACCAGCAACAUGAUGAUUGUCUGGGUGAUGGGGUUAUUCCAAAAUGCCUGCUACCUAGGCUCAGUGCUAAGGUAUGUCCUCUAUAAAAGCCGUUACUUGUCCCUUGCUUCAUGCUGGCCUUGUUGCCUCUGGCAUGCACACACAGGGACUCUUUUUCUGUAGGUGGCAGCACACAGUGGUUUUUUUCAGCCUGGGGGUGUUUCUUGCCUUGAGUUUAAUAGCAGUUGGCUCUGCCUGGCUUUACCUUUUCAUGUCUGGAAGGCUGCUUUCAGCCAGAUGCCUGAUAGUUCUCUCCUUAAUAUGCACAGGUUGGAAGGACUCAUUUUUCUUUAUCUAAUUCCUCCAGGUCUCCAAUAAAAUGGAUUUGGCUGCUUCCGAUUUAGAUCUUUCAAACAGACUCAUGCUAAUAUGGGUCUGUAAUAUCGUCAUAAACGUGCACGCUGCAAAAGCUCUUUGUAGUGCAUAAACAAGAGCCUUGCAACCUUCACUGCAGAAGUCACUUCAAUUUAAACUGGGAAAUAUUUGUAUAACCUCUAAACCCAAUAUGAACCAAAUACAUUUAAAGUAGUGUGUGUAGGCUGCGGCAUCUGUUUCCCUGAGGGCUGAGCAGAAAAUCUCUGGCUUUGGCCCUGCCGCUUCAUGCCAGCAUCACUUGGGAGUCACUGUCCAAGCCUGGUGAACAACCCCCUUUUAAAACUCAGUCUUUAAAAAAAUAUCAUUGUGAACUUUGAAAGGAAACUGUAUUUUCAUAGAAUCUAAUAAAUGUAGUCCAUGCAGAAA